UGACAGUAAAGGCGUGUAUAGUGUGCUGUGCUUUAGGCAUGGGUUCGACACCUAAAUCGAUCGGUCUGGGAAAAUGUUUUUGUUGUAGUAGCAGCACUCUCUGUAGUGUAGACAAAGCACCUCCAAAAGCUACUGUUGUAUCAAAAAGUCUCUCUCUCUCUCUCUCGCUCUGUCUCUCUCUGCCCAUGUGAUGCUGCUGCCAUGGCAACAUGCUGAAUCAUUAUUUACGGUGUACUGCAUCCGACACGACUCCUCCUGAUGUAAUCCACUCAAGCAUCUAAGCCAGCCUCGCCGUCAUCCCCGUCCCGCAUGCAUUAGCAUAUCGAUCGAUGCACCCAUAUUUGAUGACGGGGAGACACUGACACCGAGGCGGCAUCGUGAGACGACGUGUUUCUACCGAGCCAGGUUGUCAAGCGAAAAGACGACCAACGGGGACGCGGAUGCUGUGGUAAGGCAGCCGUCUGGAUGGGCAACGUACCCACGACAGUGAAACACUGUCUGAGCCACGAGCAACUCGCUCGGGACUACCCGUGGCUGAAGCGGUGGCUCGUUGAAGAGAAGAGUCUUGGAGCGCACGAGUACCCAGAGUUUGUUAAAAUCGUUGAGGUCGGGCCAAGAGAUGGGCUUCAAAAUGAAAAGGAGAUUGUUCCGACGGAGGUCAAAGUCCAGCUGAUAGACAGGCUCUCAGACACAGGGCUGUCUGUAAUCGAGGCCACCAGCUUUGUGUCUUCAAAGUGGGUACCCCAGAUGGCCGACCACACUGAAGUUCUGCAAGGAAUCAGAAAGUCGCCGAACGUUCGCUAUCCCGUUUUGACGCCCAACAUGCACGGCUUCCAAAACGCGCUUGCGGCGGGUGCUACCGAAGUAGCGGUGUUCGGGUCGGCCUCAGAGACGUUCAGUAGGAAAAACAUCAACUGCUCCAUUGAUGAGAGCAUGCUGAGGUUUGAGGAAGUCCUCAACGCCGCCAAAGACCAGCAAAUCCCAGUGCGCGGAUAUGUUUCCUGUGCCCUGGGAUGCCCUCAUGAGGGACCAAUCGACCCUUCUAAAGUUACAGAGGUGGCGAAGAGGCUGUACGAGAUGGGCUGCUACGAGGUCUCCCUGGGGGACACCGUCGGGGUGGGGACCCCGGGCUCCAUGGCCGCGAUGCUCCGCAGCGUGACCCGGGAGGUGCCCUGCCGCGCCCUGGCCGUCCACUGCCACGACACCUACGGCCAGGCGCUCGCCAACAUCCUCACCGCGCUGCAGAUGGGGGUUUGUGUGGUGGAUUCGGCAGUAGCAGGCCUGGGGGGAUGCCCGUACGCCCAGGGUUCGUCUGGCAACGUGUCAACGGAGGACGUGCUCUACAUGCUCCACGGCAUGGGCAUUCAGACGGGAGUGGACCUCUCCAAAAUGAUCGCAGUGGGUGACUUCAUCUGUCACUCGCUGAACCGCAAGACAAACUCCAGGGUCGCGCAAGCACGAGGAUCGCAGCUGUGAAUCAAAGCCCGGGAGACGCAAUCCUUGGCACUUCAACUGCUGGUGUGUCAGUCAACUCCUUUUCCCGUUUCCCCUGGUGACGCAGCCAGCAGACGGGGCAGUAACAGGGCAGCUGUGUUGAGAGGCUAUAGGAAGAUACAAGGUCGGUGGCAGUCACACAGAAUGAGAAGGAUUUAGGUAUUGCCCUACUCAACUGACGUGGCCAAAGAAGUCUGAUUUAGAUAUUUAUUGUAACUUAUUUUACCUUUAUCAAAUACAUAGGCUAUUGAGGCCAACAAAGUAACACCCGCACAUACACACAUCCACACAUUGAUAAUGAUGCCUCAAAUCCCAACCCCCUGAGCUCAAUUACCAUUGCCAAAGAUUCCUGAUUUGGAAAUAUAUGGAGAGAGAGAGAGAGAGAGAGAGAGAGAGAGAGAGAGAGAGAGAGAGAGAGA